ACCUUCCUAUCUCAUCAAACACACUUACUUUCAUUUAAUAAUCCGUAUAACCUCGAUAUAAUAAUAUUCUGUGCCCCAAAAUGACUUCUUCUAAUGUGGCCAAAACACUAGUAAGCCUCAUUGUGGUAGGAGCCAUCCUAGCCCUGCCCAAAAAUGUGAUGGCUCAAAGUUCGGUAGGUUCUAUUGUGACACAAGACUUUUUCAAUGGGAUAAUCAACAAGGCUACCGGGGACUGUCCCGGAAAGAGCUUCUACAACAGAGACGCUUUCCUUAACGCUGUCAACUCGUAUGGUCAGUUUGCUUCUGGUCCUGAUGAGCAAUCUAAACGUGAGAUUGCAGCUUUCUUUGCCCAUGUUUCCCACGAAACAGGAUUUCUAUGCUAUAUAGAGGAGAUAGGAGGUGCAAAUCUGGACCCUUCUCACUACUGUGACCAAACUAGAAUUUCAGAAUAUCCAUGCAACCCAAGCAAGGGUUACUACGGCCGUGGACCACUCCAGCUGACAUGGAACUAUAACUAUGGAGCUUUCGGCAAUGCAAACAGCAUCGAUGGCUUGAACGCACCCGAAACACUGGCACAAGACGCUGUCGUUUCGUUCAAAUCCGCAUUGUGGUUCUGGAUGGAGAACGUUCAUUCUGUGAUCGGCGAAGGGUUUGGUGCCACCACAAGAAGGAUCAAUGGUGCUAUCGAAUGUGACGGAAAGCGGCCUGACCUAGUUCAAGCUCGCGUCAACUAUUACAAUGACUACUGCAACCAGCUUGGUGUUGCUCCUGGAGACAACCUCUAUUGCUAAGCAAGUUAUAUAUAAUAUAUAUAUAUAUAUUAAUUACAUGGCGAUCAUAUAUACACUCUGAUUGCUUCUAUCAUAUAUAUAAAUUGUACUACGUACGUACUGCCCAGCCUUUUUCUAUUUGUUUGAAUAAUUAUGUCCACGCGCAUUAUCAGCGUUUUGGCCGUAUGAACUACUCUUUGCUAAUUUACAUGUAUAUGCUAUUAGAAUAAUAUGUUCUAUUUUUCCAUAUAUGAAUAUAGACUUUUUUUAA